AUGGAUAAGGGGAAGCUUGCACAGCUCCUUGAAGGGAGCCAAGUCCCCAACACUGAGCAGGUCAAGGCCGUUACCGCCGAGCUCCAGAAGAACUUCUACACAAAGCCCGAGUCGCUUCUCGCCCUUGUCGAGAUCUCCCUCACACAUGGAGAUGCUGGCGUUCGACAGCUCGCCUCGGUCCAGGCUCUCCGUCUGAUCCCCAAGUUCUGGGAGAAGACCGCCCAGGACCAGCGACAGCUUGCCCGCAACCACCUUCUCGAGGGUGUCCUCAAGGAGUCCUCCGCUGGUGUCCGCCACUCUCUCGCCCGUCUCAUCGCCGGCAUUGUCAGCGCUGAUAUGGAGAACGGUGAGGGUGAGGAUUUCCUCAAGCAGCUCCUCCCUCUCAGCAACAACGACAACGUCGUUGCUCGUGAGGUUGGCACAUUCCUUCUCUACGCCAUUCUCGAGGAGGACCCCACCCACUUCGCCGAUAACACACACGAUCUUCUCAAGCUCUUCCAGUCCCGUAUUGAGGACCCCGAGAGCAAGGAGGUUCGCAUCAACAUCGUUCGCGCUAUUGGUGCUAUCCUCAUGAUCAUUGAGCCCGAGGAGGACGAGAUCGCCCUCAAGGCCAUGCAGGGCUUCGUUCCCAGCCUGGUUAACAUCCUCAAGGCUACCGUCGAGGGUGAGGAUGAGGAGAGCUACAAGAUCGUCUUCGAGGUCUUCCACUCUUUCAUCGCCUACGACUCUUCUCUCCUUGCCGUCCACCUCCGAGAUCUCCUCUCUUUCAUGAUCGAGCUUGGUGGAAACGUCAACGCUGAGGAGGAUGCCCGAUCUCAGGCUCUUGCUUUCCUCAUUCAGUGCGUUCGCUACCGCCGCAUGAAGAUCCAGGGCAUGAAGACCAUGGCUCCUGAGCUUAUGGUCAAGGCCAUGCACAUCGUCACCGAGCUCGACCCCGAGGACGACGAGGAGGACCUUUCUCCUGCCCGCACUGCCAUCAGCCUCAUCGACACCCUGUCCAACGAGCUUCCCCCUCGUCAGGCCAUUGUCCCUCUUCUCGAGCAGUUCCCCCACUUCGCUGGUAACAACGACCCCAAGUACCGUAUGGCCGCUAUGCUCGCUCUCGGUAACGCCGCUGAGGGUGCUCCCGACUUCAUCUCUACCCAGCUCCAGCCUCUCCUCCCCACCAUCAUCUCUCUCCUCCAGGACUCCGAGACCCGUGUCCGCCACGCCUCUCUUGUUGGUCUGAUCCACCUCGCUGAGGAGAUGGCCGACGAGAUGUCCUCUCACCACGAGCAGAUCAUCGCUGCUGUCCUCAAGAACCUCGAGGCUGCUUCUCAGGGUCCCUCCGACAAGAGCAACGUCAGCAUCAUCCGAUGCGCUUGCGGUGCUCUUGACACCUUCGGUGACGGUAUCGACACCAAGAUCAUGGCUCAGUACGGUCCUAACCUGAUCGGCCCCAUGGUCCGUCUCCUCGACCACGAGGACUUUGGUGUCAAGGCUGCUGCUGCUUCCGCCAUUGGUGCCAUCGCUUCUUCCAUGGAGAAGGGCUUCGAGCCUUACUUCAAGGACGUCAUGACCUCUCUCGGCAAGUUCGUCUCCAUCAAGGACGGCGAGGAGUCUCUCGACCUCCGAAGUUCCACCUGCGACAGCUUGGGCCGCAUCGCUAUGGCUGUCGGCUCUGAGGCUUUCCAGCCCUACGUCAUGGACCUCAUGUCCGCUUCCGAGGAGGCUCUCAGUCUUGACAACCCCCGCCUCAAGGAGACCAGCUUCAUCCUGUGGUCUAACCUGUCCAAGGUCUACCACGAGCAGUUCGACCACUUCCUUCCCGGUGUCUUCAAGGGUCUCUUCUCUUCUCUCGAGCUUGAGGAUGAGGAGAUUGAGCUUCCUGGUGUUGACGUUAACCAGCUUGGCGAAGGUUCUAUCGUCGUUGGCGGCAAGCGCGUCAAGGUCAAGGCUCCUGAGAACGAGGACGACCUUGCCAUCGCCGCUGGUGGUGAGGAGGACUGGGAUGACAUUGAGGAUCUUGACGACCUCGGUGCUGUGACUGCUGUCGCUCUUGAGCAGGAGAUUGCUCUCGAUGUCCUCGGUGAUGUCAUCUCCAACUCUUGCAACAGCGCCAACCUCGAGCAGUACGUCGAGCAGACCAUCGAGAAGGUUUCUCCCUUCACCGAGCACACAUACGAGGGAUGCCGAAAGACCGCCGUCUCCACCCUCUGGCGUACCUACGCCCGUGUCUUCCAGGUUUGGGAGGAGGGCUCCGGCGUCAAGUGGGAGGCUGGUCUUCCCGCCAAGCACACUCCUCCUACCUCGCUCAUCUCCAUGGGCCAGGCUCUCGAGAAGGCUACCAUGACCAUCUGGUCUGACGAUUGUGAACGCUCUGUCAUCACCGACAUCAACCGCAACAUCGCCGCCACCCUCAAGGCCUGCGGUCCCGCCGUUCUUACCUGCAAGGACGGUUUCCUCCAGGAGAUUGUCUCGGUCGUUGGUCUUAUCAUUACCCGAUCGCACCCCUGCCAGAUGGACCUCGGUGACGAGGAGGAUGAGCCCGAUGUUGAGGGCGGCUCUUCCGAGUACGACUGGCUCGUCAUUGACACCGCUCUUGACGUUGUCGUCGGCAUGGCUGCCGCUCUCGGCAGCAGCUUCGGCGAGCUCUGGAAGAUUUUCGAGAAGCCUGUCCUCAAACUCGCCAGCUCCAGCGAGGAUCUCCACCGAUCCACCGCUGUCGGCACCAUCGCCGAGAUCACCAAGUACACUGGUGACGCUAUCACCCCUUUCACCGAGUCUCUCGGCCAGGCUCUUGUCCGUCGCCUGACAGACCCCGACCCUCUGGCUAAGUCCAACGCUGCUUACGCCAUCGGUCUCGUCGUCCUCAACUCCUCCGACACCAGCAAGACCUUCCCUAUGUACCCUCUCCUCUGGGAGAAGCUCGAGCCCCUCCUGACCGUCAACGAGAUGCGCAUGACCGACAACGUCGCCGGUGCCGUCUCUCGCAUGAUGGCCAAGAACCCCAACAACGAGUUCGUCUCCCAGGCUCUCCCCGCCGUCGCCAACGUCCUUCCCCUCCAGGAGGACUACGAGGAGAACGCCCCCAUCUACGAGAACAUCUACAACCUCUACCAGCAUUCCAACCCCACCGUCGAGCAGCUCACCCCCCAGCUCGUCUCCAUCUUCGAGAAGGUCCUCAGCCCUCCCGAGGAGCAGCUCGAGCCUGAGACACGACAGAUCCUUACACAGACCGUCCAGAUGCUGUACAAGGCCAAGCCCGACCUUCUGGCCAACAACCCCGGCCUUCUCAAGCUUGCCAACAUCCAGUAG